CUAAAUCAUAUUGUAAAAUUGAUUAUAUAUAAAUACAUAAACAAUUCAUUUAACCUUCUCAUCAUAAUCAAGGAUUGUUUUCCAAUGGACCACUAUCAACAAAAAGGUCAACCUUGUUGUUCAACAAAAAUCGAAAGAAAGAUUAUUGAGAAAAAUAGGAGAAAUAAGAUGAAGAGUCUCUAUUCCAAACUCAACUCUCUUCUUCCUAACUACAAUCCCAAGGAAGCUUUACCGUUACCAGAUCAGAUAGACGAAGCUAUAAACUACAUUAAGAGCUUAGAGACAAGUUUGAAAUCGGCGAAGGAGAAGAAAGAAAGUUUAAUGAGAAACAAGAGAUCGCGUAGUGGCUGUUCGAGUUCUUCAAGACCAAAAAUAGAGAUUCAUGAAAAUGGUUCUUCUCUACAAGUUAUUGUAACAUGUGGGGUUGACGAACAGUUCAUUUUCUGUGAAAUUAUGAGAAUACUGCAUGAAGAUCACGUGGAGGUCAUCUCUGUAAAUUCUUCACUGGCUGGAGAUUCGGUUAUUCAUGUUGUGCAUGCAGAGAAUCCGCGGUCAUUGUUUCAAUUUGGAGAGACCAAAGUAGGUGAGAGAUUAAAGAGGUUUGUGAAUGGAUCUAUGAGCAAGGUGCAAUUAAUAGAGCCUCCAUUGUGGGAUUUUGAGAUUGGAAAUGAGACUUGGGAUCUAAAUUCUAUAGUAAACAAGUAUUUACCAAAUUCUUAAUGAAGAGGAAGAAGAAGAGAUGCAACAAAUGCACUGCAGACUGUAACUAAUUUAUGUGUAGCAUAUAGAACCUUUUGAACAUGUAGUAUAGAUUUUGAAAAUUUGGCGAACUAUAAAUAUUUGCCCUAAUUUUCUUAAUAGGUGUUUAUUUAAUAUAAGUGUCUUCUUGUGUACUUUUUUUAAUAGCAAAACAUAAGUUAUAUAUAAAUAAAAUUAAAUAUUUAUAAAGGAAUAAAGAGAACCAGGCUACACAGCUCCAUGAAAGCCUAAGACAAAACAACAACCAAAAGAGAUGGUGACAGAAGGUGAUGAAGAGAUUGGUAGAUCGCAGCAUGUUUAGGAGGAAGAAGAGAGAGAUGGUGUGAUUAAAUUCAUUUAAUGGCAUAAAAAAGUCUGUUUAUAGUGCAAUAUCUAAGUCACCUCUGCACCUUAAACUACUUUGAUUAGG